GGCCAGGAAACUGCAGCAGUCUGUCGCACUCUUUAAGCUGUCGUCACAUGACAUGAAACUUUGGAAAUAAAACACAUGGAGGAAAAUGUGGAUGUGAAGGCCCUCCGGGCCAAAUUUCAUGCUCAGUUAGAAAUGGCAGGUUCCGGAGGUGGGAUCGCUAUCAAACCGCUCGCAAUUGGUGCAAUGCCAGAAUCUCUAACCAAUGGAGUGCUCCGAAACAAAAUUUCAGCUGUGCCUCCUAGACCAAACCUUCCUGUGAACUCUCUCAGUGAAGCAAAGAUGUUUCAGUCGGGUCCUCAAGGAGUGUUCCCAAGACCUCCUCCAUCUCAUCGUUUUGGAGCUCGGGAAAAAUCUACAGAGCCCCCUGCGGAGGUCAGUGUGCCGGGCAGAGUCAAACUGACAGGAGAACUUCUUCAGAGCAAAAUACUAAAACAGAAAAAUGACAUGAAAUUGACUUUCAAACCACCACUGCCAAACCAGAGGAGCGUUUCAGAGGUAGUACCACUAAGGAAGCCAAUACCUAAUGUUGGACAGCGACCAUCAAAGCCAAAACGUCCUCCAUCUGUGAAUCUGGAUCAAUUUCGGAAAAAGACCCCCAUUGUUCUUCCUAAAAGACCAGUAGAAUCACACAUUACAAAAGGACCAGCAAGACCCCCAAACAAACCCAGCCUGUUCCCAAAAUCCAUUUCAGAAUUAAACAUGGGGCAAGAUCAGGAAACCUAUGAUGACGCGCUCCCUCCACCCCCUCCACCUCCAAAGUCAAAAGACACAUGUUCUCACCUUUCACAUAAUGAGGACAGCGAUCAGGACAUUUAUGAAGACCCAGACAGACCUAUUCCUGCUGAGAGAAAAGUUAUAAGAGAAGUUAAAAAGCCACAACUGGAUGAGAAAGACCUGAAGGAAAAGCAGAAGCAAGAAAAUGAGUAUAGAAAAAGAUUUAAGCUGUAUGGACCUAUUGAAGUGAUCCACAUGGCUCGGGUGAGAGAGGACUGGCAGGGCGGGAAGAAUGACCUGAGUGUUCAGCAUGGGGAAAACGUGGAGAUCAUCCGUGUCAGCAACAACCCUGAGGGGAAAUGGCUGGCGCGAAAUCUGAGGGGCAACAUCGGCUACAUCAGUAACUCCUGUGUUGAUGUGGAUUAUGAGGAAGUGAAGAGGAAAAUCCGUGGUCAAGCUGCACUUCCUUUCAGCCCUCCUAUAGGCCUGCCGGUCAAUGACGACAGCAGCUCCAAUGACCCCAUGGACAGCUUUUACAGUGAUGAUGUAUAUGAUGACGUGGACCAUGACUUUCCUCCUCCCCCUCCAGAGAUCAGCCACGAUCCGAAAUUGACCAAGAAGGAAGAGAAAAAUAUUCGAAAGAAGUUUAAGUUAGAGGGGCCUAUUCGAGUUCUGUACACCAUGACGGUGGAUCCCAAUGCCACUUUGAAGAAGCGCGGGAGCAAUGAACUUCCGGUGGUCCGUGGAGAGAUUCUGGAGGUUCUGCAGGAGACCAGCAAGAAACAAGUUCUGUGCCGAAAUUAUGAUGGCAAAUAUGGAUAUGUACCCUUGGAGUACCUUUUACCUGAGGAGAAUGAUGUUUACGAUGACAUUGAAAUUUCUUCAGAUAUAUAUGACAACGACGACAGCUGACCGGCUUGCUGAUGCCGCUCGUCCUCCACGCAAAAGUGUAUUAACCUGAGAAAGUAAAGAGAUGCUGAAAAUCGGUUUUCUAUAGCGACUGAUCGAGCGAUACUAAAGAUCAAAGUGAUGUAUAUUGUAUAAAAAAUGAUGUGGAACAUUAUAAUUAUUAUUAUUAUGGAAAAACCAAAAAAAAAAAAAAAGAAGCUGACAUUUUUGUAAUUAUGAUAGAGAUGUUUGCAUACUGCUAGAACUUUCUCUCUUUUCAGUAGUCUUUCUCUCAACCAGGAACAAUUGUCCAUACUGGGGUUUGUUUUACAUGUAGAUACUCUGUUAGCUGGAUGACUGAAUGAAUGAAUGAAUGAAUGAAUGAAUGAAUGAAUGAACGAACGAAUGAAGAUCCAAAUUAGCCAUCGAACAUUUUUCCGCGAUCUGUUAAAGAGAAGUAUGAAGAAUAAACCACAGCACUGUUCACUUCAAAUAAAGCUUUCUUUAUAUUUUUCGUUUAUUCUGUGGUCCGUUAUUCACUUGUAAAUUACUAUUACAGAUAAU